AUGAAGAAACAGUGGGAGAUUGCAACGAAUCUGCUGGUACGAGAUGCUCCUUUGCAAGUGGUGCAGGGAAACACGGUUACAACGCGACUAUCUGAAGUAGAGGCAGCAAGGGCAAGCCUUGAAGAGCAGAUUUCCCAAAGCUACGAUGGCAACGUUCUUCUGCUUUGUAAGCGGUGUCGUUCCACGGUGGCAGCUUUGAGAUUUUGCACAGGCAGCUCCAGGCACUUCAACCCGCACGGAUACCUGUUCCAUAUCGGCGAGUUUUCAAGGGCGGCUGGAGUGAAAGCAGUCGGUGAGGCCUACGACACAGACUCCUGGUUCGAAGGGUAUGCGUGGCGCAUGGGCGUAUGCCGCCAUUGCCAGACCCAUCUGGGCUGGCGCUACGAAGGCGCUGUGAACUCUGGCACAUUUUGGGGCUUGAUCUGGAACCGCAUGCUGAAGGAGGCCAACUUCCGAAACCUGACCAAAGACGACCUCUGGAAGGCAUUCUUUGAGAAGCGGGUGCAGUACAAACGUCGAGAGCCAAACGGCUCGCUCUCCGAGGAGCUAGAGAACUCCAGCGACCAAGUGGACUGGGACUUGGUGAUGGAGGCAUUCCAUGUCCUGUCCGGGCACGAGGCGCGCUCGGCCUACGAGCAGGGCAACCUGGCUUCCCAUGCACAGCGGCAGCUUCUUGGGCUUCGGGUCAUGCACGAAGCCAGGGUCCACGAGGAGCAGAGGCGACAAGCCAAGGAGGCUGCAGCUGUAGAAGAUCAGGAAUGA